GGAGUCGGGAGCGCGCAGGGUCCAGCUGCGCAUGCGCUCCCCCCUGCUUGGCGAGCCGAGGUUGCUUCCUCGGAGCUGGAGGGGCCGGGCUGGCGGGCGCGCGCCUGAGGCUGCUGCCGGGGCUCUUGGAGCGGUAUCCUGUUCACUGGCCGAGUUUGGGAUGGCAAGGCCUCCUCUUCACUGCCUUUCCUGAGGACUAGAGACCCUGCAGGAAUUUGGCGAGGAGGUUAUGGUGCCCUCACUCUGCCCUCUGAGUGCCAGGGAGAAAGAGAAAGGCUAGAGGGGCCUUUGCCCGCAGCCCACCAUGAGUCGCCCGCAGGUCUCCUCUGACCUCCACCGCAUGGUCUCCGGGGCCGUUGAGGGGCCGGAGCAGGAUGGGCCCAGCCCCACGUCGCCCACCUUUGGGGGGCAGAAGGCGGCCGAGGAGGAGGAAGAGAAGGACCUGAGCAAAGCCCUGCGGGUGGAGCGCUUUGAGGAGAUCCUGCAGGAUUCGCACCCGCGCAACGUGGAGGAGGCUGGGCGGAGCUACAGCGAGGAGGACUUUGAGUACCACCGCCAGUCGUCCCACCACAUCCACCACCCGCUGUCCAGCCACCUUCCCUCGGACCCCCGGAGGAAGAAGGGCGUCUCCAGGAAGGCCAAGAAGAAGAAGAAGGAGAAGCAGCCGCAGCCGCAGCGCCCCUCCGUCCCCGGGGAGACCCCCACCAUCGAGGAGGAGGAGGAGGAGGAGGCCGAGGAGGGGGAGGAGGAGGCCGACGAGGACACCUGCGACACCGAGACGGAGCAGGCCUCCGAGGACCUGAUGCUCCUGCACGGCUCUCCAGAGGGGGUGCAGUUCUUCUUGCAAGAGGACGAUGGAGUAGACCGGCCAGCGGAGGGGGCAGCCAGCCCCACCAUGCCCCACAGCUCCUCAACGGACUCUGGGGGCUCCCCAGCUCCCAAGGGGGCCAAAGCAGGCAGCUCAGAUGCCGAGGAACCCGCGGGCACGGAGGCGCCCAGCAUGGCCGAGGCGGGCUCCCCCGGGAGGGCACUCUCCAAGUCCCAGCCCGGGCACCGCAGCUACAACCUCAACGAGCGCCGGCGCAUCGGCAGCAUGACGGGCAUCGAGCAGACCCGCUACCCCAAGGUGCCCACAGAUGAGUCCGAGGCCCAGACCCUGGCCUCCGCCGACCUGGACUUCAUGAAGAGCCACAGGUUCGAGGACGUUCCCGGCGUUCGGCGCCACCUGGUCCGGAAGAGCGCCAAAGGCCAGGUGGUCCACAUUGGCAAAGACCGCAAAGAGCCCAGCGCCCGACAGAGGAAGCAGGACCGGCAGCCCCACGAGGUCUUUGUGGAGCUGAACGAGCUGAUUGUGGACAAGAACCAGGAGAUGCAGUGGAAGGAGACGGCACGAUGGAUCAAGUUUGAGGAGGACGUGGAAGAGGAGACGGAUCGCUGGGGGAAGCCCCACGUGGCCUCGCUCUCCUUCCGGAGCCUCCUGGAGCUACGCAGGACCCUGGCUCACGGGGCCGUCCUCCUUGACCUGGACCAGAAGACCCUGCCAGGGGUGGCACACCAAGUCGUGGAGCAGAUGAUCAUUUCGGACCAGAUCCGAGCGGAGGACCGCGCCAACGUGCUGCGGGCGCUGCUCCUCAAGCACAGCCACCCCUCAGACGAGAAGGAGUUCUCCUUCCCGCGCAACAUCUCGGCCGGCUCCCUGGGCUCCCUACUGGGCCACCACCACAGCGCCAACCACGUCGGCGAGGGGGCCGAGCCCACCGUGACCGACCCCCUCAUCGGGGGCCACGCCGGGGAGCAUGAGACCCGAGUGGACAUCGAGAAGGAGCGCGAAGUGGCGUCGCCCACGCUCCCUGGCCCCAUCACAAGAUCCAAGUCGAAGCACGAGCUGAAGCUGUUGGAGAAGAUCCCAGACAACGCAGAGGCCACCGUGGUGCUUGUGGGCAGCGUGGAGUUCCUGGACCAGCCCACCAUGGCCUUUGUGCGGCUGCAGGAGGCGGCGCUGAUGGACUCGGUCCUGGAGGUGCCCGUCCCGGUGCGCUUCCUCUUUGUCCUGCUGGGGCCCAGCAGCGCCAACAUGGACUACCACGAGAUCGGGCGCUCCAUCUCCACCCUCAUGUCCGACAAGCAAUUCCACGAAGCCGCCUACCUGGCCGACGACCGCCAGGACCUGCUCCACGCCAUCAACGAGUUCCUGGACUGCAGCGUGGUGCUUCCUCCCUCGGAGGUGCAGGGCGAGGAGCUGCUGCGGAGCGUGGCCCACUUCCAGAGGGAGAUGCUGCGGCGGAGGGAGGAGCAGGAGCGGCGCCUCCUCCUGGGGGCCGCCAUGGAGCCCAAGUCCCCCGAGGAGAAAGCGCUGCUGAAGGUGGAGGAGGAGGAGGAGGAGCCAGACCCCCUCCGGCGAACGGGGCGCCCUUUCGGGGGUCUGGUCCAGGACGUCUGCCGCCGUUACCCCAAAUACCUGAGCGACUUCCGGGACGCCCUGGACGCCCAGUGCGUGGCUGCCAUCAUCUUCAUCUACUUUGCUGCCCUGUCACCGGCCAUCACCUUUGGGGGGCUGCUGGGUGAGAAGACGCAGGGGUUGAUUGGGGUCUCAGAGCUGAUCAUCUCCACCUCAGUCCAGGGCAUCUUCUUCUGCCUGCUGGGCGCCCAGCCCCUCCUGGUCAUCGGCUUCUCAGGACCCCUCCUCGUUUUCGAGGAGGCCUUCUUCAUGUUCUGCACCUCACAGGGCCUGGACUACCUGGUGGGUCGCGUCUGGAUCGGAUUUUGGCUCAUCCUGAUCGUGCUGGUCAUGGUGGCGUUUGAGGGCAGCUUCCUGGUGCGCUAUGUCUCCCGCUUCACCCAGGAAAUCUUCGCCUUCCUCAUCUCCCUCAUCUUCAUCUACGAGACCUUCUUCAAGCUUAUCAAGAUCUUCCAGGAGCACCCGCUCAACAGCUGCACCAAGGCCAACGGCACCGGCGACAUCAGCCUGGUCUUGGGCAACGGGACGGCCGUCCGCUCCGCGGCCAAAGUGACCGGCCAGCCCAACACGGCCCUCCUCUCGCUGGUCCUCAUGGCCGGCACCUUCUUCAUCGCCUUCUUCCUGCGCAAGUUCAAGAACAGCCGCUUCUUCCCGGGACGGGUCCGGCGUGUGAUUGGGGAUUUCGGGGUGCCCAUCGCUAUCCUCAUCAUGGUGCUGGUGGACUACAGCAUCCGGGACACCUACACACAGAAACUCUCGGUGCCCCACGGCUUCUCAGUCACGGACCCCCAGAAGCGGGGCUGGGUGAUCAACCCCCUGGGCGAGAGCCAGGCCUUCCCCGUCUGGAUGAUGGUGGCCAGCGCCCUGCCGGCCGUCCUGGUCUUCAUCCUCAUCUUCAUGGAGACGCAAAUCACCACGCUGAUCAUCAGCAAGAAGGAGCGGAAGCUGCAGAAGGGCUCCGGCUUCCACCUGGACCUGCUCCUGAUUGUGGCCAUGGGGGGCUUCUGCGCCCUCUUUGGGCUGCCCUGGCUGGCGGCCGCCACUGUGCGCUCCGUCACCCACGCCAACGCCCUCACCGUCAUGAGCAAGGCCGUGGCGCCCGGGGACAAGCCCAAGAUCCAGGAGGUCAAGGAGCAGCGCGUCACCGGGCUGGUGGUGGCCCUGCUUGUGGGCCUGUCCAUCGUGAUUGGCGACCUUCUGCGCAAGAUCCCCCUGGCCGUCCUCUUUGGGAUCUUCCUCUACAUGGGCGUCACCUCUCUGAACGGGAUCCAGUUCUACGAGCGUCUCCACCUGCUGCUUAUGCCCCCCAAGCACCACCCGGACGUCACCUACGUCAAGAAGGUGCGGACGCUGCGGAUGCACCUCUUCACGCUGCUGCAGCUGGCCUGCCUGGCGGUGCUGUGGGCCGUCAUGUCCACGGUGGCCUCGCUGGCCUUCCCCUUCAUCCUCAUCCUGACGGUCCCCCUGCGCAUGUGCCUGCUCAGCCGCAUCUUCACCGAGAGGGAGAUGAAGUGUCUGGACGCAGCAGAGGCCGAGCCCAUCCUGGACGAGAGGGAAGGGGUGGACGAGUACAAUGAGAUGCCCAUGCCCGUGUGAGGCGGGCAGCAUGGACGGAGACCCGCAGGGCAGCGGCCGGAAAGGGCCCUGGAGAUGGCACCCCAGUGCCUUGACCAGCCACCCCCACCCCCAGUGCCUUCUUGCCCCGGAGCAGAGGGGUCGCCCCACAUCCCCCAGCCGCCUCUGGGGGCGCUCAGCACACUCACCCCCCCGAGACACCCCCACCCCUUUGCUUCCUUGCGCCAGCCUUAGAGGGGGCGGGGGGCGUGCCCCACCCUCGCCCCCAAAGACAAUCACCCUCCAGCCCCAUCCAAUCUCAACGCGGCUUUCUUAGGGUGGGGUGUCCGGCAAGGGCAGUGGGGCAGGGGCUCUCCCCUCACCUGGGGGGCACUGCCUCCCCAACCACGCCCAGCCGAAGGCCAAGGAAGAGGCGCCCCCAGGAAAG